AUGGCGAAAUUUGACACGCUCUGCUCCUGGAUUUCAAUGGUGACGGCGGCAUGCCUUGCACACCUGUUCCCCAUAUCGACUGCUCAUGACCGGCCUGUCCAUCUCGUCGUCCUCGCGUUACUGGCAUGCUCGUUUGCGCUACCUAGCGCCAGCAGGGUUCUACCGAGACUAUUCCAAACCCCCGACACCAAGCAAGGACUCUACACCGCAUUGCCUCUGGAGGAUCUUGGACAGGCAACUGGAGGAGUGGAACAUGCAAGUCCAUCUUCGACGCAGCCUCACCAGAAUGGCAAGGUUCGCAUUUCAAUACUGGCGGUAGCAGUAUGCGCUUUGUCGCUGCGCAUUGAGCUCUACCGACGAAUAUCAAAUGCCACCGAGUGCACGAUCGACAGCGUUGAAGUAUUCCUGCCAUUUAUGCUAGCUUUCUAUGACGCAGUCCGAUCGCAACGCGCGCUCGCUCUCAAGAACGAAGAAAGGCCCGACAGCAGUGUAUACGAUUCGUUACGAGUAGCAGUGGCUUCAUACAUCCUAAGGCCACGCACACGAUUUCUAUUGUCGACGUUCCUGGUAUGCUACGGUUGUUAUCUGACCCAGGGCCUCUGGAGCUCCUCGAACUCGACAUACAUCUGCCCUCUCGUUGUUGGGGAGUCGAAGACAAUACCAGCCAUGCAAGUUUUAGCCCUUUUCUUGGAUCUUGGUCUUGCUCUCAUCAUCUACGAGACAUCACCAAAGAGUGAUGGUCGGGGCCUGUCCGGGCGAAGAUGCGUGAUACUAUGGAGCUCUGUGAUGAUUGCCACAUCAGUGGUAUGGUCGAUGGUGGGACUGAUUGUCUACAUUUUCCGACCCGAGGAUAGAGCCUGGCUGUUGUUCUUCCAACCCUCUUUGGAAGUGGGCACUUUAUUUGCGAUAGCGGGGCAUGUUGUACUGUUCUGCUUUCUGUGCAUAUCAACUUUACAUUGGACCAUGAUUGGUGGCACCCUGGACAUGUCCACGUACCUUACAGCUUUAGUGACCAUGAUACCCGGAUUCGAGUUUAUUUGGUCACAUAAAAAUCCAUUUCCUCCUGCACCGACAUCUGCAACAACCGUCUCCUUCCUUCUCAUCAUCGUGGGGGUGUGGACGUAUCGUCGAAUUCAACAAGCAUUAGGCACGAAGGGUCCGAUGCGCCUUUCUCGUUCGGCAAUGCUGUUCACGUUGUUAUGCAUUCUCAUAUCCCCAACCUGGUUGAAGAAAGAUUACGUGCAUUUCCACCCCAUCGACAUGCUAAUUUAUGAUGCCAAAGUUCAUCACGACAACUACCUUGACACGAUAGGCAGUGUAUCCUCACUUGAGGAGACGGUUGCCCGGUACCAGCAAAGGUACAACCGCAAUCCCCCUCCUGGGUUUGAUAUUUGGUUCGAAUAUGCCAAAAAUAGAUCUGCGCUGAUCGUGGAUGAAUUCGAUCAAAUUUAUGAAGAUUUGCUUCCCUUUCGCACGAUCCCGCCGGCGGUCCUCAGGAAACAGACCUGGGAAAUGGUUUCUAAUCCAUGGAACGAAAUAUCUGGAAUCACCAUCCGGGAUGGAAACGCGGCGGUGCAGGAAAAUGUUCUUCCAACCCAUCGAUGGAUGCUGGAGGGCGUCGCCGUUCUCAUCAACAGUUUUGCGCGGUACUUGCCCGACAUGGAUUUGGCUUUCAAUUUGAACGACGAGUCCAGAGUCGCCGUACCAUACGACAGCAUCGAGUUCCUGAGGGAACAAGGCCGGGUGCAAGACAAGUCGGGUAGCGCGAGCUGGUCCGGCGGCCGUGCUGCAGGCUGGCUACCCAUUCCCGAACAACCCAUCACAGAGACGAUCUUCCGCGACAUGUCCUUCCGUAAUACCUUUCGAAAAUACGGCUCAGUAGGCUGUGAGCCUUCUUCUCUCGCACGACGCUUUCCUCAUAUCUCAUCUCAAUCACAUAUAUGUGGUAGCUGUGUGGCGCCCCAUUCUCUAGGACAGUUUGUGUCCAGCUGGUCCGAGGCGGCAGAUAUAUGCCAUCAACCCGAUGUGGCCUACCUCCAUGGAUUCUACUUAUCACCAGCCGCCUUCAAAACGUCGUAUCAAUUGAUGCCAGUCUUCUCGCAGUCCAAACCUCACGGAUACAACGACAUUCUCUACCCUUCCGCCUGGAACUACAUGGACAAGGUCAUCUACGCACCCACCAAGGAGAGAGGCACACCGGGUCAAGACGACUACCACCCGGGCUUUCCUGACCUUCCUUUCGAGCAAAAAGAAAACGUCCUAUUCUGGCGAGGUGCCACUUCGGAAGGCGUAUCCUCAGGAGACCAUGCCUGGCGUGGAAUGACACGUCAGCGUCUCGUCCACAUGGCCAAUAACCUGACCACCGCGCAACACGACUCCUUCGCCAUCCUCCUCCCGAAUCCUGCCGACCACUCGAAAUACAAGUACCAGAUUCUUCCCGGCCCGGCAGCCAAGGAAUUAGGUUUAAACACCGACAUUGCCAUCGUUGACCGCAUCGCCCGCUGUGGCGGGAUCGGACUGCAAGACUGUUCCGACCAAGAAGCCGAAUUCAGCCUGGUCGGCCCCUCUGAUUUCCAAGCCCACUGGCGCUAUCGGUUCCUAUUCGACUUGGACGGCGCAGGGUUUUCAGGCCGUUUCUUACCAUUCCUCCAAUCUCGCUCGCUGCCGUUCAAAACCGCCUUAUUCCGUGAGUGGUACGACUCCCGCCUCACCGCCUGGCUGCAUUUCGUACCCCAAGACGUCCGUCUGCACGGUGUAUGGAGCACGCUCGCGUACUUCGCCGGCAUCAACGGGACCAUGUUUGGCAAGAAUAUUUGGUGGGAACCGCAUCUCAAGGAGGGCGAGAUGAUUGCCGAGGCUGGCCGUGAGUGGGCCGGGGAAGUCCUUCGGAAAGAAGACAUGGAGUUGUACUUCUUCCGGCUGUUGCUGGAGUGGGCACGUCUGACGGAUGAUAGAAGGGAUGAGUUGGGUUUCGUGCUCGGAGUUUGA